AUGGCUGCUCCAUCGGUUCCAGCUGUGAAUGUCCAUGUCGCAAAUGCCUCUCACUGCGAAGAGCAGCCCCGGCCCUUUCCAGAGAGGAAAAGCUCAGACCAUUCUAUGUUCCGCGUUGCCCAAUCUGAAGACCCCGAGAAGGGUCUUGAACUUUCACAAAACUUGAUAGUCGAUGGCCUGGCCCGGACAGACACUGUUGGUGUCGAUGUCAAGCGUGCCGAGCAGGAAUUUGCCCAACUUGACCGGCAAUUUUCAGAUUAUAGCGAGCGCAGCAGACGCAUGCAUAGCCAGCAGUCCGGAGAGUAUUCCAAGGGGCAGCUUCGGGAUGUCGAGAAAGCGCUCAACUCGGAUCGGUCGGUGGAACAACCGUGGGACCUGGAGACAGCCUUGAGAGGUGCCAAGGCUGCAGAGCACGAAGCUGGUAUCAAGGUAAAGAGGAUAGGUGUCAUAUGGGAUAACUUGACCGUCCGUGGAAUUGGUGGAGCAAAGAACAUCGUUAAAACAUUCCCAGAUGCGUUCAUCGAUUUUUUCAACCUGCCAGGCACCAUCAUGUCCAUGUUUGGCUGGGGUAAGAAAGGGCAAGAAAUUGACAUCAUAAAAGAUUUUAGGGGCGUUGCAAAGAGCGGAGAAAUGAUAUUGGUACUUGGACGACCCGGUUCUGGUUGUACAACUUUCCUCAAGGUUAUAUCAAACCAGAGGUUUGGCUACACCGGCGUCAGCGGUACCGUCAUGUACGGGCCCUUCGACGCUAAGACAUUCGCGAAGGAGUACCGCGGUGAAGCUGUGUACAACCAGGAAGACGAUGUGCACCACCCUUCUCUUACUGUUGGUCAGACAUUGGGAUUUGCAUUGGACACCAAGACCCCAGGUAAACGACCGACCGGCAUGAGCAAAAAUGAGUUCAAAGGGAACGUAGUAGCUCUACUGCUCAAGAUGUUCAAUAUUACCCACACUAAAAAUACCGUCGUGGGUGGACCAUUCAUACGAGGCAUCUCUGGUGGAGAAAGGAAGCGAGUUUCCAUUGCCGAGAUGUUCACCACCGGUGCCACGGUCUUGGCAUGGGACAACAGUACGAGAGGCCUUGAUUCUUCGACCGCCGUUGACUAUAGUAAGUGCUUGAGGAUUUUGACGGAUCUUUACCAGACAACCACAUUUGUGUCCCUCUAUCAGGCCAGCGAGAGCAUUUAUGAGCAAUUCGACAAGGUCAUGGUCAUCGAUUCUGGCCGUCAGGUGUACUUCGGUCCCGCGGGCGAAGCACGGGCGUACUUCGAACGUCUAGGCUUUCUCGCAAAGCCGAGACAGACCACCGCGGAUUAUUUGACAGGCUGCACCGAUGAGUAUGAACGUGAGUAUGAGCCGGGCAGGUCAGCUUUGAACGCACCCUCCUCUCCAGACUCGUUUGUCGAGGCAUUCAACAGGUCAGAAAACGCUGAAAAGCUUUCCAAGGAGAUGGCUCGCUAUAGAGAGCAGAUACAUGAGGAGAAAGAACUUUACGAUGAUUUUCGAGCUGCUCACCGUGAAGCAAAAAGGAAACACACUCCGAGAUCUUCCGUGUACUCAGUUCCGUUCUACCUCCAGGUAUGGGCCUUGAUGCAACGACAAUUUCUUAUCAAGUGGCAGGAUAAAUUUUCAUUCACGGUUUCUUGGAUCACAAGUGUUGCUGUGGCGUUUGUGGUGGGCUCGGUCUGGCUCAACACACCUCAAACGUCUCAAGGAGCCUUCACGCGUGGGGGCGUGCUCUUCAUAAGUCUGUUAUUCAAUGCAUUUCAAGCCUUCGGCGAACUACCUGCGACAAUGCUGGGUCGACCAAUCGUGAACAAACACAAGGCCUACACGUUCCACCGGCCAAGUGCGCUCUGGCUGGCUCAAAUCAUCGUUGAUCUAGGUUUUGCUACAAUACAGAUUCUUGUCUUCAGCAUCAUCGUCUAUUUCAUGACUGGUUUAGUUCGAGAUGCAGGCGCCUUCUGGAUCUUCAUCCUGUUCAACAUCUCUUGCUACGUGGCCAUGGCCCUAUUCUUCAGAACCAUUGGAUGUCUUUGCCCUGACUUUGAUUAUGCCAUGAAAUUCGCUGCGUGUGUCAUUACCCUGUUCGUACUAACAUCUGGCUACCUGCUCCAAGCUCAGAGUCAGCUAGAUUGGUUGAGCUGGAUCUUCUGGAUGAACGUCCUGGGCCUUGGUUUCUCAGCAUUGAUGAUGAAUGAAUUCGACCGCAUCAGUUUAGAAUGUAGUCGAGAGUCUCUCAUUCCAUCGGGACCCGGCUAUAACAGCUUGGAGCACCAAGUCUGUACACUGCCCGGUAGUAUACCAUCGGUGCCGUCCGUGGCAGGUUCAGACUACAUCAUCACUGCUUUCUCCUAUAACCCUUCUGACCUGUGGCGGAAUUGGGGCCUUAUCAUAGUUUGGAUCUUUGUCUAUAUGUUUUUGAAUACCGUCUUUGGUGAGCUGCUCCACUAUGGCGCAGGAGGGAGAACUGCCACCUUUUUCCAGCAGGAGAACAGUGACCGAAGGAAGUUGAACGAAACCCUUCAGGAGAAGAAGCAGCGUCGACUCCGGAAAGAGGGCACCGAUCCCGGCUCUGAUCUUGAUGUCAAAUCGAAAUCGAUCUUGACGUGGGAGAAUCUGACCUAUGACGUCCCAACUCCUGCGGGUCAAAUACGUCUGCUAAGAGACGUCUUCGGCUAUGUCAAGCCAGGCGAGCUCACUGCACUGAUGGGUGCCAGCGGAGCUGGGAAGACAACCCUCCUCGACGUGCUCGCGUCAAGAAAGAACAUUGGCGUUAUUGGUGGUGAAGUGCUGGUAGAUGGUGUUAAGCCAGGUAUUGCUUUCCAGCGCGGUACCUCCUAUGCCGAACAGCUCGAUGUGCACGAAACGACGCAAACGAUACGCGAAGCCUUGCGCUUCAGUGCAGAUCUCCGCCAGCCAUACGAAAUCCCCCAGUUGCAAAAAUACGACUACGUCGAGGAAGUAAUCUCGCUUCUGGAGCUUGAAGACCUCGCAGACGCCAUUAUCGGAGACCCACCAUCUGGCUUGUCUGUGGAGGAGCGCAAGCGUGUCACAAUCGGCAUCGAGCUAGCUGCCAAACCAGAGCUAUUGCUCUUUUUGGACGAACCGACAUCAGGUCUAGAUUCACAAUCCGCUUUCAAUAUUGUCCGCUUCCUCCGUAAGCUCGCUCGGGCCGGCCAAGCCAUUCUUUGCACGAUCCAUCAGCCAAACAGUACCCUGUUUGAGAAUUUCGAUCGUCUGCUGCUACUACAGCACGGUGGAGAGUGUGUUUACUUUGGAGACAUCGGCAAGGACGCCGAGAUUCUAAUCGACUACUUCCGCCGACACGGUGCUGAGUGCCCACCCAAGGCGAAUGUGGCGGAGUGGAUGCUUGACGCUAUUGGAGCUGGCAUUUCUCCACGGAUUGGGGAGCGAGACUGGGGCGAGGUAUGGCGGGAGAGUGAUGAAUUUGCCGCCGCGAAGAGAGAAAUCAAUGAGAUGAAGGAGUCGCGCAUGCGGGCCGUUGGAGAUGUGCCGAAAGUUGAAGAGAAAGAAUAUGCCACUCCUCUCAUGCAUCAGAUAAAGGUCGUCACCUGGCGCACCAACCUCAGUUUCUGGCGCAGUCCUAAUUAUGGGUUUACUCGGCUCUUCAAUCACGUUGUCAUCGCUCUCCUGUCUGGCCUCGCUUUCUUGAACCUCGACAACAGCCGAACAUCCUUGCAGUACCGUGUUUUCAUCAUAUUCCAAGUCACCAUCAUACCCGCUCUAAUCCUCGCUCAAGUUGAGCCCAAAUACGAUCUCAGCAGACUCAUCUUCUACCGUGAAUCCGCCGCCAAAGCAUAUAGACAAUUUCCUUUUGCGCUGGCAAUGGUCAUCGCCGAAUUGCCGUAUUCGAUACUCUGCGCCGUUGCAUUCUUCCUGCCCCUCUACUACAUUCCCGGUCUCCAACCCGACCCCUCCCGCGCCGGCUACCAAUUCCUCAUGAUCCUGGUCGUGGAGCUCUUCUCGGUAGCACUCGGUCAAGCGAUUGCCGCCAUUACGCCUUCAGCAUUGAUCGCGGCGCUCCUCAACCCUUUUGUCGUCAUCGUCUUCGCCCUCUUCUGCGGCGUCACCAUUCCGAAACCCCAAAUCCCGUACUUCUGGCGCGUGUGGCUGUACGAGCUCGUCCCUUUCACGCGGCUGAUAGGGGGGAUGGUGACGACGGAGCUGCAUGAUAGGGUUGUGGAGUGCACGGAGCUGGAAUUCAAUCGGUUCGAGGCCCCCCGUGGGCAGAGUUGUGGGGAGUAUAUGGCUAGGUUCUUUGAAAACGGGGGUCCGGGGUAUUUGAGGGAUAAUCUUACCAGUGCGUGUGAAUAUUGUGCGUACAGGGUUGGGGAUGAGUUCUAUGAACCUUUUGGCUUCUCGUUCGAUUAUCGUUGGAGGGAUCUCGGCAUCCUGUCAGCCUUUAUCGUGAGCAGUUCGAUCAUCUUGUUCACUGCGAGCAGGUUUUUGAAUUUCAAUCGCAGGUGA